CCAAUCAAUACAACCAAUGAGUGAGUUUGUGAAUCACGUGAUUCCAUACAUUUAGUGCUCCACUGAGUGUUCGACAAUAAACACACGUUUUGGGCACACAUUUGGAUCGAUUGAUAUAAUUAUGGCCUCUUCGGUGAUCACCAAUCGGUGGAUAUUCAAUGAUAAUUGGGAACAGAUAUCGCCAUCAAAGAGACAUAACAUUGGUAUCAAUCAAGAGAUGCAUUUGAGACAAAAGGGAACCAAUUUUAUCAAAGAAGUGUCAGAUGUGCUCAAACUUCGCACCUUAACUGUCAAUACGGCUAUUGUCUACUUUCACCGAUUCUUUGCCUUAAGAUCUCUCAAAUUAUUUGAUGUCUGCCAAAUAGGUAUUUGUAGUCUGUUUUUGUCGGCCAAGUUUGAAGAGCAACCCAUUAUUAAGGAGGAUAUCGUUAAAGUGGCUCUCAUUUGUCGUUUAAAGUCAAAACAUAUCGAUAAAGAGCAAUUCAAGAGAGAGUCCGACCAAUUGAUUCAAAACGAAAAUGAAAUGCUAUUGACAUUUGGUUUUGAUUUGAUGGUCACUCACUCGCAUCAUGUGAUCGGAAACGCCUCGAGGAAUAAUACUGUGAUAAACUCAUGCCUUUACGCCAUGGCUUACAAGAUUGCGGGCGACCUCUUAAGGCUGACUACUCUAUGUCUUCAUUACACGCCAUCAUUUGCGGCUUGUGUUGCCAUUUACCUCUCUAGUCAUUUCCAAAAUGUUCCGGUAAUUUACAAGACCUUAUCGAUCACAACAAAUGGGAGCAAUUGGUGUCUAACAAUUGAUCCAAAUUUAACAGAAGAGAUGGUGGCGCAAGUGGCCAACAAGUAUAUGAAAUUAAUCAAUCGGUCGAAAUAUAUGACUCAACCAACAACCGCUUCAAUCACUGUCAACGGCUCACUCAAGCGUAAGCUAACGGCUAAUCCAAAUGCAGCCAAUGGUUUAGCUAAACACAAGCCAAUAGUGGAAUUGACUGCAGUCAGUGGCCAACAAAGAUCUAAACAACAAACCUACUCAAGUAAAGGAAAUAACGACCAAAACAAAGUGAUACAAUCAUCCAAAGAUAAUACUAAUGGACGCAAUACUAACACCAGAACUAAUGGACUCUCAUUGAUGCGCAAAAUUAAUAGACUUACUGAUGGCAACAUUACUGUUACCAUAGACUGUCAUCAAUAGACAUCACAUUUUUUUCAUCUAUUUUUCAUAGUCUUCAAUAUUUAUCAAAAAAUUAUGUUUUAUUUGAAUAUACAAAAACCAAUAAUCUAAUAAAUAUGUUUUGAAAAAUAAACAUGUGUUAAAUACUGUA